AUGGUGGAGGAGUUCAUGCUCCUCGCCAACUGCUCCGUCGCCGCCGCGACCACCGCCGCCUUCCCAAAGUGCGCGAUGCUCCGCCGCCACCCGCCGCCGCUGCCGGGCGCGUUCGAGUCGCUCAAGCGGUCGCUCGGCCAGCACGGGUUUGAGCUGGACGACGCGUCCUCGCUCGCGCUCGGCCGCUCGCUCGACGCGUGCGCCAAGCCGGACGACCCGUACUUCAACCAGCUCACGCGCAUCCUGGCGACGCGCGCGAUGCAGCAGGCGCGCUACUUCUCCUCCGGCGCCGCUCCGCCGAGCGAGUACGUCCACUAUGGCCUCGCGUGCCCGAUCUACACGCACUUCACGUCGCCGAUCCGGCGCUACUCGGACCAGAUGGUGCACCGGCUGCUGGCGGCCAUCAUCGGGUGGGAGCCGCUCAGUUCGGACGUGCUCGACGCGCGCGCAAUGACGGACCUGACCGACAACCUCAACCACCGCCACACGAUGGCGCAGUACGCCGGCCGCGCGUCGGUCGGGCUGCACACCCUCAUCUUCUUCCGCGGGAAGGAGGUGGUGGAGGACGCGCACGUCAUCAAGGUGCGCGACAACGGCGUCGUGGUCCUCGUGCCGCGUUACGGCAUCGAGGGCGUCAUC